UUUUCACUCUAUGCAACGGAAAUGCACGCAAAGGGGAGCACUCUGCCCGCGGCACCCACCAAGGGCAUGGAAAUGCCUUGGCAAUAAACAAUAGCCGCCUUCCAUCGCGUUGGCUGCCACUGGGCAAGGUCAGUCCCGCUGCGGCAGCGCCUGCGGAUACGGGGGGGAGGGAGGGAGGGAGGGAGGGAGGGAGGGAGGGAGGGAGAGAAGACCCUCUCCUCUUCCCCUCCCUCUUGGCUUCCCUCUGCAUCUUCUCCAUCCCCGCCAUGAGCCCAGGGCUCCUCCGCAGCUGCACUGCAUCAGGGAGAGCCGGCUUCCCGAAGACCAUGGGGAGCUGUCCAAGACCUCGGUGGUGCUGAAAUCCCAGCCGCAUCCGCGCUGCCACUCGCCGUCCAUCUCUUUGGUGCUGAGAUCCAGGCCGCGCUUCCCAGCCGCUGUCCGCUGCCUCCGUGGUGCUGAAACCUGAUUCCGACAUCUUUCCAGCUGCAGCGGGAGGAGGAAGGAGGAGAGGAUGGAGGGCCAAGGCGUCGGGAUGCGCAGCCAUGCAGCCAACGGCUUUCCCUCGUCUCAGCAAGGAUGUUGAACCGUCCUGUCCCUCUACCGCCUGCCCUGUGGGCCACGAAGCCCUCUGCUGCAGUCAUGGAAGAGGAGCUGAAAUGCCCCGUGUGUGGCUCCCUCUUCCGGGAGCCCCUCAUCCUGCCCUGCUCCCACAACGUCUGCCUCCCUUGCGCCCGCACCAUCGCUGUGCAGACCCCGGAGAGCGAGCAGCACCUACCCUCCAUGCUGCACCCACGGGGGCCACCACAAGGGCCGGGGCCUGCUGCUGGACCGGCCUCCCUCGACUAUGACUGCGGGGCUGGUGGAGGCAGUGGAGGGACUGUUGCGGGAGGGGGAGGAGGUGGUGGUGGUGGAGGGGUGGACCACACAGACAAGCUGAGUUUGCACAGCGAGACCGACAGUGGCUAUGGCUCCUACACCCCAAGCCUGAAGUCUCCCAACGGGGUGCGGGUCCUGCCCUUGGUGCCACCGCCUCCUGGCACAGGGCCCGCUGGGUCCACUCCACGGGGAAGUAUUGCCAGCUCCUCGUUGACCUGCCCGCAAUGCCACCGCAGUGCUUCACUGGACCACCGUGGCCUGCGCGGCUUCCAACGCAACCGGCUCCUGGAGGCCAUCGUGCAGCGGUACCAAGCGGCCCGAGCUGCUGCCUCAGCCGCUGCCAAAUGCCAGCUGUGUGACCGCAACCCACCUGAGCCAGCUGCCGUCAUGUGUGAGCAGUGUGAAGUAUUCUAUUGCGCCUCCUGCCAGAUCAAGUGCCACCCUUCCCGGGGACCCUUUGCCAAGCACCGCUUGGUGCCCCCACCCAGCCAGCAGGUAGCUCCCACUGGAGGUGCUGUGCCUGGGGCCAGCGGUGGAGCAGGAGCAGGCCCUGCGGGAGGUGUUAUCAGUGCAGUGAGCAAAGUACCUGGGGCAGCCCGCAAGCCCCCCACCUGUGUGGACCACGAGAUGGAGAACUACAGCAUGUACUGUGCAACUUGCCGGACCCCCGUCUGCUAUCAGUGUCUGGAAGAGGGCAAGCAUGCUAAACAUGAGGUGAAGGCCUUGGGGGCUAUGUGGAAGCAGCACAAGGCACAACUGUCUCAGGCUUUGAAUGGCAUUUCAGAUAAAGCAAAGGAAGCAAAAGAAUUUUUGGUACAGCUGAAAAACAUUUUACAGCAGAUACAGGAAAAUGGCUUGGACUAUGAAGCUUGUCUAGUGGCUCAGUGUGAUGCUUUGGUUGAUGCUUUGACACGUCAGAAGGCAAAACUGCUCACAAAAGUUACAAAAGAGCGUGAACACAAGCUAAAGGUUGUGUGGGACCAGAUAAAUCACUGUACUUUGAAACUGCGUCAGUCUACCGGGCUAAUGGAAUAUUGUCUCGAAGUUAUCAAAGAAAAUGACCCAUCUGGUUUUUUACAGAUUUCAGAUGCUUUAAUCAAACGUGUUCAAGUGUCUCAGGAGCAAUGGGUCAAAGGAGCUCUGGAACCUAAAGUAUCGGCUGAAUUUGAUCUAACUUUGGACAGCGAUCCCUUGCUGCAGUCAAUUCAUCAGCUGGACUUCAUUCAGAUGAAAUGUAGGGUUUCGCUUUCAGUGCCACCAGUCCCACUACUGCAGCUGGAAAAGUGCUGCACCAGAAAUAACAGCGUGACCCUAGCCUGGAGGAUGCCACCUUUCAGCCACAAUCCAGUUGAAGGCUAUAUCUUGGAGCUUGACGAUGGAGAUGGUGGACAAUUUCGAGAAGUGUAUGUUGGAAAGGAGACCCUAUGCACUAUUGAUGGCCUUCAUUUCAAUAGUACUUACAAUGCAAGAGUCAAAGCCUUUAAUUCAUCAGGAGUGGGCCCUUACAGCAAGACAGUUGUUUUACAGACUUCUGAUGUGGCUUGGUUUACAUUUGAUCCCUGUUCGGCCCACAGGGACAUAGUCCUUUCUAAUGACAACCAGACAGCAACUUGCAGUAGCUAUGAUGACCGUGUUGUCCUGGGCACAGCUGCUUUCUCAAAGGGAGUCCACUACUGGGAACUGCAUGUAGACCGUUAUGAUAACCACCCAGACCCAGCCUUUGGAAUUGCGAGGAUCAACGUUGUCAAGGACAUGAUGCUGGGCAAAGACGACAAGGCAUGGGCAAUGUAUGUUGAUAACAAUCGCAGCUGGUUCAUGCACUGUAAUUCUCACACCAAUCGGACAGAAGGGGGUGUUUCUAAAGGUGCAACUGUGGGCGUUCUACUGGACCUCAACAAGCACACCCUGACAUUUUUCAUCAAUGGGCAGCAACAGGGUCCUCCGGCAUUUGAAAACGUGGAGGGUGUCUUCAUGCCUGCAUUAAGCCUCAACCGAAAUGUGCAGGUGACUCUGCACACAGGACUCGAGGUACCUCAGACUGUAAGACCACCAAAGUUGCCAAGCAAUUGAGCUUCUGUUUAAAUCUGAGCUGGAUUUUAUAACCUUUCUAACUAGCUUUUGGCAAAAGUCAGUUUUAGAAAACAUCUGUAAUUUAGAGCAGAGUCAACAUUGGUUAUCUGAUUUGGGUAACCCAGUGGAUUUUUUAAAAAAUGUCAUGCCUCAUAAGUUUUUACAUUUGUUUUAAUUGCUUUGAAAUCCCAAAAUGUUCUUAUCUGUACCACUGUGUAAAACCUAAUUGCCUAUCCAAAAAGUUAUCACAGAUUUUUGCAAUCUAUAUGACACAAAUCAGACCAGGUUAAUUGUACUUAAUCUCAAUUUAUUUGAACAGAAGAUAAUAACAAUUAUGUUAACCUUUUUAAAAGUCUGGAUUAAAUCCAUUGUGUCUUCAUUUACUCCAUCUUGGGCUCUGCUUGUGCUGUACCUACAUGAAUUGACUACAAGGCACAUAUUGUAUGUGCUAAUUUUGGGGGAGAAUUUGAGUAUUAUAGGUGAUCCUGCCCCAGUUUAGUUAUUUGGACAAAUGACCCUUGGGUCUUAAAUUCUGCAAAUGUUAUGGAAGAGGAGAAGAGUGGAUUACAUUUCCAUUAACGUCAGUAGUAUAGUUCUCAUGUCUUCCAUGUUUCUUUUGAAAAGCAAUAUAUGCUGUAGUUCUCAAAACAUUCAUCCCAAGGAGACUUCAGCAUCCACACUGGUGCAUCUGCUCAAAAAAAAAGCUCACAAGGCUCUUCUGUAUUUCAUGGGUUGUGACUUGAAUUUAAAGUAGCACUCAAUACACCAUGUUUUAAUCAACUUAAUUUGCAGGCAGAGUAGAUCUUUGUGAGAGAUUAAAAUCCAUUCAUUGAACCACAGACUUGAAGACUUGUAGCACAUGAGGGCCCCACAUCUGCGAGGUGUCAUAGAUCUUUAGCAACCUUAUGAGAUUCUAUGCCUCUUCUUUUAUCGGUGUUUUCCUCAUUAGACUUCUUGUCAUUGUAACACUCAUACUGCCAUUUUCUUCUUUCAUUCUUGCAAAAUGGAUUUGGAUGAACUUUCUCACACAUGAGUAUUUCUUGUGCCAAUCUUCAUGACUUGACUUCCAUACUUAAGGAAAUAUGCAAUAGAAUAUGGGGACAUACAGGAGUUGGUCUUACCUCCUCCUGAACAUUAGCAAAAAUUUCCUGACUGCGAGAGCUGUUCAGCAGUGGAACUCUCUGUCCCGGUUUGUGGUGGAGGCUCCUCCUUUGGAGGCUUUUGAACAGAGGCUGGAUGGCCAUCUACCAGGGGUGCUUUGGAUGCAAUUUUCCUGCCCCUUGGCAGGGGGUUGGACUGGAAUGGAUGGUGCACGAGGUCACUUCCAACUUUAUGAUUCUAUACACCAUAAAACAGCUAGGUGUUCCUAAUAUACAACUAGUGAUAUUUCCUAGUUCUCCACCUCAAACCUAGUUCCAACAGACCUCACUACCUCUGAGGAUGCUUGCCAUAGAUUCAGGCGAAACGUCAGGAGAGAACAUGGCCAUAUAGUCCGAAAAAGCCUACAACAACCCAAUCCUGAAACUAUAAGGAAAUAAAUGAAGUAAAGUACAUGCCAGCAACUUUGCUCUGGAUUUGCUGCAAAUUUUUAAAAUGUCUCUGAGAAAAAUCACCAAAGAGCAGCUUAUUAGAAUACAUGCUCUGAAAUAAUUUUUUAAAAACCAUUUAGACAAGUCCGACGUUUAAGUAGAUGUUCUUUAUCAUUUUACCAAACAGCAUACUUGAGGGGGUUGAGACUGAGUGCAGAUACAUGUUCUUUGUUGGAUUUCAGUCAUAACUUUGAGGUAUUUUUGUAGCCUUCUCAGAUGCCAGCUGAGUAGCUGUGCAUGAAAAAUUUAAUACAUCAUCAUACACUUAAGCUGAACUGCAGUCUCAGGGCCAAACUACACAUUGUGUUAAAUGUAUUAUAUAUUUAAUUAAAAUACACAUAGAAGCUGCUUGGCUGAGGCAGUAUAUGAACAAUUAUUCGUGAAUGUGAGGAAUUCCCACUCAAUGCAAAUAGUAAACUUGAAAGGAGUGGUUUUUUGUUUUUUUUUAAUCAGGGUUGGAGAAGAGAAGAAAGGAGCUAAAUUUACCUUUUGGCUGUGGCAAUGUUAAUAAUUAUCAUGCAUAUCAUGCAGCCGCUCUUUAAAUGUAGAUGUACAUUUAACAUCAUGUUGAGUUUAGUCUUCAGCAGACAGGUCAGACAAUCCUGGUUUUGAAAACUGUGAGACAUGAAACCAGGAAUGAUAACUGAUUGAACACUCUCUGGUCCACUCUAACAACCACCAUGUCAUACUACGCAGAGAAGCCAUAAAAAACCAAAAGUAUGUAGACAAUUGCAACAGAAAGGAGGAAACCAUGAAAAUGAACAAAAUCCGACUACCAGUUUUUUUUUAAAGAAAAAAACCUCUAGAAUCAGGACAGUAAAUAAGGAGCAACACUCAGAAAACAGGGGAAUUUCAAACAGGAACCAAUCAGGGCCAACUAACACCUCCCAACAAAUGAUUCCUCCAGGCAGGAAGCAGCCAGGCUUUGAAGCUGCAAGGCUAUUUAAUGCUAAUUAAGAUGGCCAAUUGCAACAUUCACACUUGCCUCAAACAGACAAGAGUUCUUUUUCCCACCCUGGACAUUCCACAGAUAGAUAGAUAGAUAGAUAGAUAGAUAGAUAGAUAGAUAGAUAGAUAGAUAGAUAGACAGACAGACAGAACCACUCGCUCAGUUUCCAACAGACCUCACAACCUCUGAAGAUGCCUCCCAUAGAUGCAGGCAAAAUGUCAGGAGAAAAUGCUUCUGGAACAUGGCUGUGAAGCGCGGAACACUCACAGCAACCCAUUUUGAUUCCACUUUAUAACUUCCAUUGCCUCAUCCUAUGGAAUCCUGGCAUGUGUGAUCUAGUGAUGGAUUUAGAAUUCCCUAGUGCACUCCCUUGAACAUUAGAGAGCAUCAGCGCUCUUUACAAAUCCCGUGAUUCCCUAGGAUGGAGCCAGGACAAUUGAAGUGGUAUGAAAUUGAUCCAAUUGCCAAGAUUUGCACACCAAUACCAGUGCUCAAAAUGAGCAGAGAAGUGCUUAACCCCAGAGUUCAUAAAUUAUGGAGCUGGACAAGAUUGUCUAAACUGAGCUAUCAAUGAAUAAACUGUGGUGGGUUGGAAAGUAUCAGCAACACCAUAGAACCAUAAAACAGAGUACAUAUAAGUCAAAUUAUAAUAGACACAUACGUUAUUUAAAGAAGCAUCCAAGAAAGGAUAUAAUAACUCAAUACCAUGGCUGUACUCUCCUUAAGCACAUAAAGUAAUUGCAUGCUUAAUUUUAAGCAUGUGAAUAAAUAUGGUUUUUAAAUAGAUUUUAAUUUUAAAAUUGUAGUACACCCACAAUGCACAUUACAAACAUAUACACAUACAUGGCACGUGAAUAACUGUUGAAUUAAGGUCGAAUUUACUCAGUCAAGAAGAUACUUGGCACAAUCCCAUUCUUUUCUCAUUUUACAUCAUUUCAUAGAACUUCUUUUAUCUUUAUUUGCCCUUCUAAUCAUGUUAUUUAGAUAUAUCACUAUUUGUAUAAGCAGACAUUCAUGCACCAGUAAAUAUGUAUGGCCUUGCUGUUGAAUACUACCAAACAUCCCAUAUUAUGUAUCUGUUGCUGAGCUGCAAGAUUUCAGACUGCAGGUGAAGGAGAGAACGCUCAUUGUAUGUAUAAAGAGAGAUAGGCCUUUCACAUCCAAAUAUUAUCUGUCAAAAAUCAGAUAAACACCUGUCUGGAACUUCCUUCCAGAGAUACUGGUUAUAUAAACAGUAUUUUCUUUGCUAUGCCUGAAGUCUGAAAACAUAUACCGCACAAGAUUUUGGCUUAUCUCUUUUAGCUCUCUGCUUGUUCUUGGAUUUUGUACAUGCUAAAACAAAGGGCGUAAAUACCUUAAAGGCACGAGAUCCUGUUUGCUUUUGGAAGCUAGGCUGCCAAUGAAUUACGAGGUUCAGUCAGCUAUAUUUCAGAGGAAGGAACAGGCAAAACAACCUCUAUUCCUUGCCUUCUAAAGCCCCAUGAAAUUCAUAGGAUCACCAUAGAUUUACCUGAAGGCACAGACAUGCAAAAAUAAACAGAAUGCUAAAAAAACUAAAACGAAGCUUGCAAAUAUCAAAUCUAGCUUUCUAUAUCAUAUACAUAAAACACCUCAACAACAGAACAAAAUUUUCCAUAACACAUUUGAGGAAAGAACUUGGGGCAAUUAGAUGCUAAUUGAAGGCAUCUGUAUCAAUACUGUGGGGAGGAGGUGUGGCCACACACACACAUACACACACACACACACACACACAAAAUAGCAAAAUCCAUAACAACCGUUGAGCUCUAUGAACUCUUGGUUCUAAUGUGUUAUUACAGAAAUGUAGAAAUGAUGAUGAAAACUGAGAUAAGAAGAGGUCAAAUCAAACAUCUUAAUAAAUUCCCCAGGAUUUAUGGGGGGGAAAACAUAGGACAGCACAAGCAUAGACUAAGGCCCAUUGACACUGGCGUUAUAACGCAGAUUGAACUGCAUUAUAUGGUCACUGUAGAGGCAUAUAAUCCAGUUCAAUGCAGUUAAACUGGGUAACAUGAGUCUACACUAACCAUAUAAUGCAGUUCAAUCUGCAUGAUAAUGCCAGUGUCGAUGGGGCUUUAGGCAGACCCAUUGUAAGCAUCCAUUGUGCAAGUCAUACAUUUUUCCUUAUCUGACUAUAUCCAUGACCAUAAGAGCAUGUUCUGCUGAGUAUAACUGUGUGGUUUCUUUUUGAGACAGAAACUGAAUAUGAUGUACCUACAUAUUUGCCAUGUUUAUAUCAUCACUGGGGUUUUCAGAUUGGGAUUCACACAGUGUAAGCUACAUGAAAACCUUUUGUGUGAGCUGGCCCAAAUGCAUUCAUAUCAGAGCACAUGCCAUUUGAGAACCCUUAACAGGGCAAUGAAAUGUAAGAUAAUGUCACUUUUAUGUAACAUCUUUCAGCAUGUCUCCUCCAAUAAUACAAGAUGGGAGCUUCUUUGUAUACUGGAUCAGGCAAAGAAAGGUGAAUGACUGAUUUAACUGAACAGAAAAGGUUUUCUUUUUCUUCCACUGAUGGAAAAACUCUUACCCUAAGAGAAAGCUUCUUUUUGGGAGGGAAGAAAUAUUUGGAUGCACCCUGUGAAAAAGAAUAAUAUCCUCUCUUAUGCUUACAAGCAAAGGUGCUUUAACAAAAGAUGUAGCAAUUUUUUCUUAUGGGUCUGAGUAUUAUUGAUAGUUCUAACAAGUAAUGCAAUGAGUCCAUACUUUGUUUGGUCUACUAAUAGGAUACAGACAGUGAUAUUUGAUUUUUUAAAUUUUUUAUAACUGUGAUAACACUAAAGACUGCAAAGAAUGUUAUUCUCUCUCUUAAUGUUCUUAAUUGAAAUGGUCAUAUGUUUGUUUGGGUUUUAUGGUGACAAAAAAAGUAGCAGGGCUUGCUUCACGUCUACCUCACUUUAGCCUGUUCACUGUGAACUUGACUUGUAUGAACCUAGAACGUGCAGCUAUAAUCCUGACUUGGGAAGUUCUUCAUAGGUCAGGAUGUACGUAGCAGUAAUUUCAAAAAGGCUCGAGAGCUGUUCUACUUUAUAGGUAAGGGUCGCAGUCACAGGGAAAGUGAGUAUUGGACAUAAUGAGAUGCAAGAAGCCAAGAGCUUUCUAUUGAGGGUUCAGAGCCAAAGUCAACCAGAAGUCAAUCUGAGCCAUAUUGUAAUACAGUGUGUCCUGCUUAAACUGCAUGGGUAUCUCUGGUGAAUUUGAGCUUUGUUUAAAUUCUUAUGCCAGUUUGACAUAAAAAAGAUCUAUCUGUUUAUUUAGUAUGGGUAAAACAACAUUGUAUGUCUUAAAAGUGUAGCAUUCUUUUCCUCCUAGUCACUUAAAUUCUCAGUAUUCAGUUUUAAAAAGGAUUUGGAACAACUUUUAUAACCCGCUGUAGAGUUCUUUUUUGACUUUUUUUAAAAA